ACAGCCACCUCAGAAAUACAGUGUGGUCACCAUUGGUUCCUGUUUGCAGUGAAGCAUCUCAGUCAAGUUUUUACCGCUGUGGGAAUGAGCAGAAGCAGUGAGAUGACAUCUUCCAGCUCCAACAUCUUCAUCAUCUUCACAAUUUUUCUGAGCUUCAUUUUCCACUCAAGCCAAGAUUUUGAAGUGAUUCAGCCUCCGAAUCGGAUGGUAAACACAGACGGAGUAGCCUUGAUCAGCUGUGAACACACUGCAAACGUCAGCUCUGUUGAAGAUGUUCGACUCAGCAGCAUCUCACAAACAAACACAAGCAAGCUGCUUUGCCAGAAAGGAACAGAAGACUGUAAGAACAUCUUCAUGCAUUUAGAGAAUCCCAAAAAGUGCCUUUUCAUCUUAUACAACAUUGGUCCAGAGGACAUGGACAUGAGUUAUGAGUGUGAGUUCACCAUUAAUAUCAAUGAUCUACACUACACCAAGAGAGGAACACCAACCAGACUACUGCAAGAUCAAAAGGAAGUAGAGAGAGACCGUGUAACUUGCCCUCAACCUCCACCUCCUCCACUUCAGUCUGAUUAUUUCAGAUGGAUUCUGAUUGGUCUGCUGGUCCUGAUGUUCCUGUGCUUCUGUGUCAUCAUCUCCGUCUUAUGCGUCAAAGUGAGGAACAGGAACAAAGAUCCAGAGAACUGCACCUAUGUGGAAAUGAGGAAAGCUCCUCUGCCAAGGAAUCCACCAUCUGUCAUUUAAUGUGGGUAGCUGACUCUUCUUUCUUAACUGAUGACAUCCCAGGAGGAAAAUUAUAACCCUUAUGACACUGCUUCUUCAGGCAGUUUGCAUCAUGGUCUCAAACAAUUGCCUCUUAGUCUCUGUCUCUUUUUCGAUGUUGAAAAUCACUGUACUAACAAGGCUGAACAGCAGGGGGAGACAAAGACUGUGUUUAGCAAUGAUACUUUCUGGUACUGUACAGCUGCUCCUCUUGUUGUUAUGUGAAAUGUGGCCCGAUGAUAUUAUCCAUCAUGCAGGAUACACUGUAUCUGGAUAUGAACAGUUUAUUAAUAAUUUCAAUCCCUGCUUCACACUUCCAGCUUAAUGGAAGCUGUAUGUGCUUUUAUGUAUCUCCCCACAGGUUGGUUCAACAAGUUUGAUCUUAAGUAUUUAAAAUAGUGUUUGUGCGUUUCAGUCUUUUUAUUUUACUUCCCUGGCUGGUACCUAGUAAUAAUAAUAAUAAAGUCAAAAUAAUUUGAUUCUAAGACUGCUCAAGUUACAUCUGACUAUGCAACACAGAGGAAAAUACACACAGUACUGAAACACCAAUAUUACUGUCCCAGCUCUCUUUCCUUUCAUGCUACAUUUCUA